AUGAGGCUCUCAUCGGCGGCCACGACUGACACCUGCCGUCAAACCCAUGAUUACUACGAUAUGACUCUCACGGCGACCAGACAUGUACCACCGAUGCCGUGUCCACACUUUGGUAACCUCCCGAAGGACUACAACAAGGCGGUCCACGGGAACUACUAUCCCUUCCGUUAUUAUGGCAAACCGGACACACCGUUGGCUGAUGUGAAGAUGUCUGAGUUGACGUCAUGGCUGAACCGGCGUAACGUACAUCCGGUGGCUAUAUUUCAGGCCGUUAUGAGGAGUUUCUACCGCUUUGAACAGCGCUUCGUUCAGCCCCGGUAUGCAUACAUCGGUCGCGCCUGGAAUAUGAAG